CCAACACCUGCCGCUCUCCAAUAACGUUUACGAGCGGAGCGGCGCUCUCAUUUACCAGCGCACUUGAACGCCCCACAUGACAUGCGGAAGUGGUGUUUCCCUUGAUGACGUCGAUGCUCCAGCCGACGAGAACUGUGUAGCUAGGUCCGGACAACGAAGAGAACUAAUGACUUAAAUGCGAGUGAAAGUCCUGCCAGAGUGUGUUUUUGUCUUAAGCAUUGUACCUGACUAUAUAUCUCCGAGGCAACGAAGUUAGAAUGACUUAUUUUAACGAGUUAGCUUAGCCUCUCUGACCAGUACAGUGCUGGUCGCAGCCAAGGAUGACAGCUCCAAGCUAGGCUAACCCCACACAACUGGUUUACAGAAGAGGGGCAAGAUGUUGGAGUCCUACGUCACACCACUCCUGAUGAGCUACGUGAACAAAUAUAUCAAGAAUUUGAAGCCAUCUGAUUUGCAGCUGUCUCUCUGGGGAGGAGAUGUAGUGCUCAGCAAAUUGGACCUGAAGCUGGAUGUGCUGGAACAGGAAUUGAAGCUUCCAUUUACAUUCUUGAGUGGUCAUAUCCAUGAGCUGCGUAUUCAUGUACCGUGGACAAAGCUGGGUUCAGAGCCUGUUGUCAUCACCAUCAACACCAUGGAGUGCAUCCUUAAGCUGAGGGAUGGAGACCAGGAUGACCAUGAGAGUGGUUCUACCUCAACAAGUCGCAGUGUCUCAGAAAGUUCCAAGGCUACAGGCAAGCCCCGCCGCCUCCAACAAGCUGCCCCCAGCGACCCCGACCUGCCCCCAGGUUAUGUUCAGAGCCUGAUCAGACGUGUGGUGAAUAAUGUGAAUGUUCUGGUGAACAACCUAAUACUGAAAUACGUUGAGGAUGACAUCGUGUUGUCAAUCAACAUUACAUCAGCAGAUUGCUUCACUGUUGAUGAUCUGUGGGAAAGAGCCUUCAUGGACAUCACAGCUCCAGAAUUGGUUCUUCGGAAAGUGAUCAACUUUGCCGAUUGCACCGUCUGCUUGGACAAGCGGAAUGCAAGUGGCAAGAUUGAGUUCUACCAGGACCCUCUGCUGUACAAAUGCUCCUUCAGAACACGUCUUCAUUUUAGCUACGACAACAUCAAUUCCAAGAUCCCAUCCGUCAUCAAAAUCCAAACCAUGGUGGAUAGCCUGAAGUUAUCAAUUACAGAUCAGCAACUUCCCAUGUUCAUCCGGAUUUUAGAACUAAUUAUUGCGCUUUACUACGGAGAAAUUGGAGGACACAGAGAAGCAGACCGAGAAGAAAGCAUCUGUCAUGUCAGGGAAGCUGGAACAAAUGUACCUGGGAUGGAUGUGGACAUAGAGAACCAGGGUCCAGGGCAGUACUCAAAUCCAGAGUUUUACAUGGACUCAGACAUGUCUGCAGAGACAGGAUGGGUCUCUUGGGCUUGGUCCUUCGUUCCAGCCCUAGUAGGCUCAGAGGAGGGGGAAGAAGGUCUUUUCUUGCAGGGAGAGACUGGAGGCGUCCCAAACAAUCCCCAACAACACACACUUAAGGAUCCCAUUGUGUCCAUUGGGUUCUACUGUACUACGGCUGCUCUUACAUUUAAGCUGACAGAGUCCCAGGCAGAAAGCAGCUACUACAGCCCUCAGAAGGUGAAGUCAAGAGAAGUUAUGUGCCUGGUACAAGAAGGAAUAACCAUUGAGGUGCUGUUAAUGGGGGAGCCCUUCUUUGACUGUCAGAUUGGCGUUGUGGGUUGCCGGGCUCUUUGCAUGAAAGGCAUCAUGGGAGUACAGGAUUUUGAAGAAAACAUCAACCGAUCUGAAGAGGAUGCAGUGUUCUUCAGCUGUGGGGACAACCUAAGCAGCAAAGGAAUGACCUACCUAACCAACUCUCUGUUUGACUACCGCAGUCCAGAGAACAAUGGCGUCAGAGCAGAGUUCAUCCUGGAUACUGUUACUCACAAGGAGACCUACACAGAGAUAGCAGGCAUGCAGCGCUUUGGUGCUUUUUACUUGGAUUACCUCUACACAAUGGAGAACAGCAGCGGCAAAGAUUUUCAGGACUCGUCUGCAGGGAUCAUAGAAGACAUAGUGCCUACUGUUCAAGAGAUAUCUAUCAAGAGACUGGUGGUGGGACCUUUAGAUAUCAAGUUACACAGUAGCGCUGUGCAUCGCAUUAUCAAAAUGAUUAUAUGUGCCAUGGACCAUGAGUAUGAGCCUUACUGUAAACCACAGCAAGAAAUUGUUGAGGAAAGUCGUUCUUCAGUGAAUCCAGAGGAGAUAUCAAGAUUAGAAGAAUUUAUUCCCACCAGACUCACUUGUCUCACACUGCUCCAAGUCUCCAUCACUGUUUCUAUGGCUGAAUUCAACCUUCUUCACACACUAAUUCCUCUCAUCAUUGGAGGCAAGGUUCCACCAGGCCCAGUCAACGUAUCCGCCUUUCGGCCAAUGCGCCCCUUACCCUCAGCACAGUUCCAGGUGGAGCGGAUGAAAGUUGAACACUCUGUGCCCAUGUAUGCUCCAGAGUUGGUCAGCAUUGUCAGUGCUCUCAGCCAGCCUUCUGACAACCUUCUACAUCACUGCUAUGCACACUUUUACCUCAAGGUGUCUGGGUUCCAGGCAGGCCUUACAUGCCAAGAUAGCACUGGGGGAUUCCUUCCACUGAUCCCAGUCAUUCCCUCUUUUAGCACAGCACUUUAUGGGAAGAUGAUCCAGAUGCCUGCAUACUGGAGUAAAAUGUAUUCGGUACCCACCACAGAGUGUAUUCUGGAGCUUCCCUACUUUGCAGUGCAGGCCACAAGAGCACAGACACAUCUGCUCCAAGCAAUCUGCCAAAGUUGGACCCAUGGCACGUUAAGCGGUGCAACCCUAACGCUCAACGAAAGCCUGAUCAAUGAAGUGUACAAAGCUCCAGGUGUGAAAUCUCUGGACCAGUCACCGACUCUUGAAGGCUCGCUCCAAAAUCUUGAGCUGAAGUUCUGCAGCCGUGCAACGGUGAAAUGCGCCUCUGGAACUGUGGGAGCUGUAAAAGUGUGUGCCAGGACCCCAGGCUCACUCGAGGGGGUAAAGGAGAGUCUGGUUCCUCUGAUCCAGGGACCAUCUGACACAAAAGAACUUCAUAUGAGACGAUGGCUAAAUGAGAUCCGCAAGCCCGAAUCACUUUUGGCUCCUGACCUACUGACAUUUUCUGUUCAAGUGCCACAGCAAAGCGACAAUUGCAGGAACUCAGGUGCAGUUCUGUUGGCUAGUGUUCAGGGCAUCGCGAUCAAUGUGGACCCCAUCUUCUGCACAUGGCUGCUGUAUCAGCCUCAUCGAGGGAGCAACAGGCAGCAGCAACAGAAUCCAGGCCCAGUUCCCUUGACAAAGCGAAGAGAGGAUGACAUCUCAUUAGGGAGCGCACCAUUGGUCCAACAGACUUCCAAUCAAGCCUCUGACUAUGCUAGCAGCCCUGUCAAAACCAAAACUGUUACAGAAUCACGCCCCCUUUCCAUUCCACUGAAAGUAAUGCCGGACACCACAGUGUCGUCAUUGACAAGCUCAGAGGAGAGAAUGAAGGAGCUCAUUGCUCAUGCCUGGGAUGCUGUUAAACGCCUUACUCUGCAGUUGGAGUUACAAUCCUGUUGUGUGUUCCUGCCCAAUGACAGCCUUCCAUCACCAAGCACUAUUAUCUUUGGUGACAUCCCUGGUACUGUGCGGAGCUGGUACCACAACCAAGCAUCAAUGCCAGGAACCCUUGUGGUUUGCCUGCCCCAGAUCAGUGUUGUCAGUGCUGGGCACAAAUACAUGGAGCCUUUGCAGGAGCUCCCAUUUGUGGUCUCCAAGCCCAUUCUAGAAGAAGGUGAUGCUUUUCCAUGGACAAUAUCCCUGAGUCAGUUCAGCGUAUACACCCUGCUGGGGCAGCAGCGUAGCCUUAGCCUCGUCGAACCGAUGGGGUGUACCUCCACACUUGCAGUCACAUCUCAUAAGCCUCCAAACUGUCCAGAAGGAAGGCACUCUUUUGUUGUAUGCCUCCAUGUUGAUCUUCAGCCAGUCCGAGUCAAGUGCUCCAACCCUCAGAUUCAGCUGUCCUAUGAGCUCUUACUGAACUGGACUUCUACCUGGGCUCGUCUCCAAAAGCAGGGCAUUUUACGUCAGACCACCAGUAUACCAGAGCCCCCCACUGGUGCCACUCCAUCCUCUCCAGUCCGCAGCAGUGCUGGUACAGCCGUGCCAGACACCAGCACCUAUAGCCCCUCUGCAGAUGUCGGCUCCCCUACUGAGGGUGAUUCAGUACCAGCAGGUGAUGAGGGUCCCUUUGCAGACCCCGUUACCUUGGAGCAGAAAACUAGCAGCAUCGGUGGCACAAGUGGGAAAGUCAGCCUUUGGAUGCAGUGGAUGUUACCCAAGGUCAUCGUGAAACUAUUUGCUCCUGAUCCAACUACAAAAAAGACAGAAGUAUGCAUGGUCAGUGAACUAGAGGACCUGAGUGCCUCAGUAGAUAUCCAGGAUGUUUACACAAAGAUCAAAUGUAAAGUUGGCAGUUUCAACAUUGACCACUACAGAUGCAGGCCAGGUCAAGGCUGGCACUCUGGGCUUUAUGAAGGACUCAUUCUGCACUGCAAAGAGACAGCUGUGACGGCAGCCAAGGUGCUGGAAGGCUCUCACCAGCAGCAUGGCUUCUUGUCCAUUACCUACACACAGGCUGUCACCAAAAAUGUUCGUCAUAAACUCACCACACGGCCUGAGCGGCCAACACGCAGCGGUACAACCACUGCCAGUCAGCGUGUUACUGCGGAUCCCCUCGCAGACGGUUCACCUCAAUACCUGAGAGAAAUCCUUCUGACAGCCCAGCCCUUUGACGUUGUGCUCUCAUGUCCGUUAUUAACCACUAUAGUUGGAAUAUUUCAGACAACAGUACCAAGGCGCUUCAAAGACCGUGGGAAGUCAGCAGGCCAGCCUACGAGAAGCCACACACUGACCUCUCGAUGUUUGCCUCUCAUUUACAUCAACACUAGUCUAAUCAGGGUCAUCUGCCCUGGAGCACCAGACAAAACAGAAGAUCUCCAUGCAAACAAAGAAGACACAUUGGUGCUUAAGUUGGGUUCCCUCAGCAUGGCUCCUCAGGCUGAUAACCCCCUUACCCGCACGGUGCUUCGCAAAGACCUCUACAAGCACGCAUUGAACCUUGGUAUCCUUCGCGACCCUGGCUCAGAGGUGGAGGAUCGUCAGUACCAGGUCGACCUCCAGUCCAUCAACAUUGGGACAGCUCAAUGGGAGCAACUCAAACCGGAGAAGGAGGGAACAAAAGGAGGCGCAUCAGCGGACAGUGAGAGGAACUCCCAGAACCCGGCCCUAGAAUGGAACAUGUCCAGCAGCAUAAGGAGGCACCAGGAGCGCCGCGCCAUCCUGACACCCAUUGUGACUGACUUCUCGGUCCGUGUAACUGCUGCCCCUGCCAUCAUCUUCAGCAAGAAUCUGUCCCAUGAUAUUGGACUAGCAGAGGACUUAGUGGUAUGUGGCCACUCUCUGGAAGUUAACGUGACCAGCAGUUUGGAUUUCUACCUCAGCAUUGCUCAGGUGCACCUCCUUCAUCAGCUUCUGAAGGACAAUAUGGUGGCCAUGGGAGCUACUGUGCAAGGCACUGAGAUGCAUCAACGUGAGCAGAAGUAUGGCAGUCGAGGCUCUUUGUCAGGCAUCGACUUUUCGUCUCGUCACAGUGCGACCGGACAAGACAGUGGAUUCGGUAGUGAUAGCGCUCGCAUCCGUAUCAUCCAGAUCGAGCACCAGAGUGGGACCAGUCACCACUGCAUAGCGAGACCCUCAUACAAGUCCACUAUUACCAAAAACCUCAACUUUAUCCCUUUCGACAUCUUUCUUACUGCUAGUAGAGUGUCUGUCAUGGCCUAUGCGUGCUCGAGUCCCCCAAAAUCCUCGUCGUCAUCAGACAGCAAACAGGACAAGAAAGAGACUGAGGAAAAGGUAGGAAAGAGUGCUCUCAACCAGCCUGAAACCCUGUCCGAGUCUCUUCCAGCCUCAACAUUGGCGUCUCCUGGCCCUGAUCUUGCUGCCCCAGUUACACUAACAGACCUGACUGCUGAAGACAUCCUUAACUGCAAUGUCUCCCAGCCAGCCUCUCCACUACUGAGAGGAAGUCUGCUCUCCCUAAACUCCCUGCCAACCCCCAGCCGCUCCUCAGCUCGCCAAGCGCUGGGGGUGACAAUUGUAAGGCAGCCCGGGAGAAGAGGGACCCCAGACCAGGUGCUGGAACCGCUGCUGUACCUGCAGGUGAUGCAACCUUCUGCUCUGCUCAGUUGCCACCAUCGUAAGCAGAAAAUGGAGUUGUCUGUGUUUGAUGUGGCCUUACGAGGAGUGGCUUCAGACUACAAGUGCCUAGACCAAGGGAAGACUUUGCCCGAAACGCUGGAUUAUAAUGUAUUCUGGCUCCAAACAGCAGCUGGUGAAGUGGACAGUGAGACCGGCAUCCCUCCACCUCUGCUGUGCCUCCAGAUUAAAGAUUUCUUCAAUGGACCAGCGGAACUUAGUUUGGAGCUGUCUCGCCCCUUGAAAGUCAACCCAACACUGGUCAAAUUGGAGCAGGCCAAAGCCUACCUGAAGAAACUUGUGCCAAACCACAUUUGGAACACCUCGAGUAAACCAGCUUCCACUUCUGCGACCCCUCAGUCGUCUCCUGCCAAGAUGCCGCCCAGGGCCUUCACCCCUUCCCAUCAGAGCCAUGGCCUUAGCAAAGCCAGCAGCAUUGACGCCUUGGCUCUGUCCUUCCCCAAGGUCUCUGUCCACACUACCCAGAUUGUGGUCGUCAUGGAGACGGAGGCCCAUCCGAUGACGCCCAGCGUGACUGUGUCUGUGUCAUCUAUGACAGGAAGUCUAACCUUGAAGUCGGGCCUAAGGAUCGAGGAUGCAGUUCAAUCCGCUUCUGUGCAGUUGGAGCUGCAAGAUGUGCUGGUGAGAACUGGACUGAAGGAGCAAAGCCAUGUCCUACUGGGGCCUUUUUCCUGCAGUAGCUCACUGGAGGCUCGGUGGUGUCGGCACAGUGGCAGUCCUGGACCUGAGCCUGGUGCCCCUAAACUGCUGCUGGACCUAAAAGGAGGCCUGCUGCAGGUGUUUUGGGGACAAGAACACUUAAAUUGCCUGAAGCUGGUUGAGGAGCAUCUAAGAGUAUAUUACACUACCCAUAGAGGGGACACGGUUGACAAUGUCCCCAAAGCCAAAUCCUGCCAGACCCAGCCACCACCCUCUCCAGGCACUCUAUGUCCUCGCUCAGAACACAGCUCUGAUGACCUGCGGACAGGACAGUUCCAGUACAUCCAGGACUCAGCCUCCCGGAGGUGGCCAGGGCCCCAUGAGGUGGUGUUCUACAGUGAGACAGAAGACAGUCCAGGGCUAAUGGUUUGGAGGUACCCUGAACCUCGUGUCCUCACCUUCGUCAGGAUAACGCCUGUCCCUUUCAACACCACAGAAGACCCGGAAAUCAGUACAGCUGACCUUGGGGACGCCUUACAGGUCCCAUGCAGCCUUCAGUAUUGGGAUGAGCUCCAGCAGGCCUUUGUUCCAUACCGGGAAUUUAGCCUGUCGGAGAGCAGCUCCUGUCAGCUGCAACUUCCCAGCCUCAGCCUCGUUGAUCAACAUAAAGAGCUGGUGGCUUCAGAUUUGUGGAGGAUUGUACUCAAUAGUAACAACGAGGGAGGAGAUGAGCAGAGUUCAGAUAGUGAGUCUGGCUCCCAGCUGCCAUGCGAUCAGCUGGUAUCUCCCAUGGCUCUCGCGGCGUGCACUCGUGUUGACUCCUGCUUCGCGCCUUGGUUUGUCCCUUCGCUGGGCGUGUCCCUGCAGCUGGCCCAUGUCCAAGUUCACCUCUGCCACCAUCUAGAACAACUGGGAACAGCUCCACCUCAAAAGCUCCGUCCUUUCCUGCCAGAUAGGAAAAUACCUCAGAAACAGGAGUUCAUGGUCGUUGGUGGUGUGGAGCCACAGAUCUUCCUGCGCCAGUGGACCAAUGGACCACGACAUUGUCAGGAGUUUAACUUUUCCACCCAGCUCGACUGCAAGCUGCUGGAGUAUCGAAACCUAACACACAUGCAGGUUCUGCAGCCCUGUAUCAUACAGGGCCAGGCCACAGCCAACUGCUGCCCCCAAAGUAGCAUGUGGGAUGCGAACGUGUUUGUGGAUCCGAUGUUUGCCACAAUUAGUCAGUAUGCCAUCCACACGUUGGACACUGCUCUUCAAAGCUGGAAACAGAAUGGAAACCCAGAGGCUGAGGAACUGGUUUACAGCCACUAUGUCAUCUGUAAUGAUACCCAUGAGACGCUGCGCUUCGGCCAGGUGGAUACAGAUGAGAACGUGCUCCUGGCCAGCCUCCACAGCCACCAGUACAGCUGGAGAUCUCACAAAUCUCCCCAGCUGCUCCACAUCUGCAUCGAAGGUUGGGGGAACUGGCGCUGGUCCGAGGCCUUCAAUGUGGACAAUGUGGGGACCCUGCUCAGGACCAUCGAGGACAAAGGUCGCACGGCCUCACUCAUCAUAAAGGUGGUGCAACUUAACGGUGUCCAGAAACAGGUGAUAAUCUGUGGACGGCAGGUAAUGUGCAGUUACCUGAGUGAGGCCAUUGAAGUGCGGCUGGCACAGCACUAUGUUGGAACUAAUGGUCAGACAGUGGUCAGAGAACACUGUGACUGCUUGGAGGCCGGAGCUAAGUUGCCAUCCUAUGUUCUGGAGGAUGCAGAACUGACAGAGCUCUGUGUGCGGGCCAGAGGAGAUGAUGACUGGUCCCAGGAUGUGCAGCUUGAGAGGAAGGAAAAGGGCAAAGUUGUCCAGGUGCCGUGUUCUGAUGGUUCUUUGCUCUUUGUGUGGUGCAACCUCAUCACUAUUGAACCUGAUUCCCAUAUGCAACAAAGAGUGGUUGUCUUUAGUCCACUGUUUGUCAUGAGGAGCCAUUUACCAGAGCCAGUAAUCAUCCAUAUAGAGAAGAGGAGCCUUGGACUGCGAGAGAGCCAGCUGGUACCAGGACAGGGCCACCAAGAGCCCCUGUUCAACACUGAGGCUGACCUCAUCCACCAUCUCACUUUUCAGGCCAGGGAAGAUAAAGAUGCCUCCCAUUGUGCUGUACCGAUCUCCACCAGCCUCAUCAAACAGAUAGUGGACAAGAAUGGAAAUGAGGACAACGUGGAAUACAUCCUGGCUGAUUUCUAUGGUCCAAAGACCUCCAGCGAGCCACCAUGGCCUUACAUCUCCAAAGACACUGACAGUUCAGCACUGGAGCCCCUUGCCCAGUGGGACAGUCCUAUGCAGGUGAAGUUAUCGUGCUGGAAAUUGGGCCUAAGCACACUGCUGGUGGAGCUGCUACCCUGGGCCCUGUUGGCUAAUCACUCCCAGUGGGACCUGUGGCUUUUUGAGGGGGAGACUAUCGUACUGCAGAUACCAGUCGGCAAGGUCAUGGUACCGCCUAACUUCAAGGAAGCCUUCCAGCUGGGCAUCUAUUGGGCUCAGACAAACACAGUUCACAAGUCUACUGCACUGAAACUAGUCCAUGAUCUGACCUCACCUCGAUGGAAGGAGGGCACAGAUUCGGAGGUUGUAAUCUUGGAUGAGGAAGGAUUUGUGCAGGCGGACAUCAGAUUGGGAGCUUUCCCUGGAAGGCAGAAGCUGUGUCAGUUCUGUGUGUCAUCUACGGUAAAAAAUGGCAUCCAAAUCCUCCAGAUUGAGGACAGAACAAUCCUCGUCAACAACACUCGUCACACAAUACACUACAGACCUUUGCUGACUGACCACAGGCUGGGAAACGAUAACCAGGCCUGUGCCAUACCAGAGACAGCAGCCUUCACUCUGACUCCAUGUGAAGUCUCCUCCGCAGCCAAACCCUGCUCAGUGCCAUGCUGGGACCUUCUCCAAACCAGCGACCAAGGGAACGUGGAGUUCCCCCUGCCUUUAAAAUGCCUGCUUUUCAGCUCGUUAUCAAGGCCUGACGCCAGAGUCGGGCCUACUGCAUGGAGCCUUCCCACUCCCGUCCGAGCAGACUUCCCCAGGCACAGUGUGUCGGUUCCUGGAGAGAACAGCCUGAGCACCAGCGCUGUCGUCCUGACAUACCAGGAGCACCUUGGGGUGACGUUCAUUACUCUCAGUGAGGAUCCUUGUCCUCACAUGCUGGUGCACAACAAGUGUCCUGUCCCACUCUUGCUUAAGGAGAAUGUCAAAGAAACGCCAAAGACAGAGGUGUUCUGUUGUCCUCUUCCUGCAAAUUGUUCCGUACACCAUGAGCUCUACCACCACUUUUCUAGUUUCCCCGACUGCAGGCAGAGAGAAGCCCUGCCAACUCUGUUCCUGAAAACAACGAAAGAUGCCAUCACCACAGACUGGACGGAGCCCAUUGACAUUAAUAGUCUUGGUACUCAGGUGGUGUUCUUGCCUGGCUUUGGCUGUCUCUACGUUGAUGUGGGUUAUGAGAAGGGAACCGUGGUUCUGUGUCUGUCAGCAGAGGGCGGUGUGGAUGCUGUAAUCAACCACCACAGGUCCACCAAGCUGUCCUUCAGUGUCCUUCUGAGCGAGGCCAGCGUGUCGUUGAGUGAUGACAUCACAAGCCCCUCCGGUUCUGUGGAGCUGCUGAGGCUCACGUUGACCAACCUGCUCCUCAGACUGGCCCCGGCACCCACCUCCCUGCCCCCCGAGGUGACCAGGGAGCCUGGAGCCGCUGCGGCGUCCAUCUUGACUCUUAUGCCCGACGCCUCUCUGAUUGAGGUGUACUGCUUAUCCCUGCAAGUGGACAACCAGCUGUACAACCGUGCGAGCUUCCACUUCCCCGUACUGCUGUGCCAGGAGCAGAAAGGGGCGGGUCCGCUUGGGAAUCAGUGGAGUAACCAUGACAACCCCUCUGACACUCCGGAACUCCUGGAGGAGUUUAAACGAUUGUGUUUCCUCCGGUUGACGCUGAUCUUGGCUGGGGACAGAUGCGCUGUGGAGGAGGUCAACUUCCAGGUGCAGCCUGCAAGAGUCUAUCUUGAGGACACAUUUGUUUACUAUGUAAAAACCUUGUUUCACACCUUCAUCCCCGCCUCCGCCAUGACCUCAGUGAAGCCUCAGAGGUGUAAAGAGCUGGGAUCAGACCCCAUCCUUCCUGAGCAGGUACUUCAGUCCAUACAGGCGCUGGUCCAGCCUGUGCGUCUGCAGAAAUUGACUAUCCAGCCGGUCAACCUGCUGGUCAGCAUCCACGCAUCCCUGAAACUCUACAUCGCUUCAGACCACACACCGCUGGCCUUCUCCCUGUUCCAGAGAGGACCUCUCUGCACUACAGCCAGACAGCUGGUCCACGCUCUGGCUAUGCAUUACGCUGCUGGGGCCCUCUUCAGAGCUGGAUGGGUCGUCGGGUCUUUAGAGAUCCUGGGCAGUCCUGCUAGCCUGGUACGCAGCAUCGGUAACGGCGUGUCCGAUUUCUUCCGUUUACCGUAUGAGGGUCUGACCCGCGGGCCUGGUGCCUUUGUCAGCGGUGUCUCCAGAGGGACCACUUCCUUUGUCAAGCACAUCUCAAAAGGCACCCUGACGUCCAUCACCAACUUGGCAACCAGCCUGGCCAGAAACAUGGACCGUCUGUCCCUGGAUGAGGAGCACUACACCAGGCAGGAAGAGUGGAGACGGCAGCUCCCAGAGAGUCUGGGAGACGGACUCAGGCAGGGGCUGUCACGACUUGGCAUUAGUUUGUUGGGAGCAAUAGCCGGCAUCGUGGACCAGCCCAUGCAGAAUUUCCAAAGGAACUGGGACAUGCAGAGCUCAGCUGGUAGCAAAGCCAAAGGUGUCAUCUCUGGCAUGGGGAAGGGAAUUGUGGGAGUUUUCACCAAGCCAAUAGGAGGAGCAGCCGAACUGGUGUCCCAAACUGGAUAUGGGAUCCUCCAUGGCGCAGGACUGUGGCAGCUUCCUAAACAACUUUAUCUGCCAACCGAGGAGAAAUCAGCUGAGGCCCCCAACAGCCAUCUUAAAUAUGUUUGGAAAAUGCUGCAGUCUUUGGGGCGGCCGGAGCUGCACAUGGCCCUGGAUGUGACCAUUGUGAGCGGCUCAGGCCAGGAGCACGCGGGCUGUCUGCUGCUCACCUUGGAGGUGCUCUUCGUGGUCAGCCUGAGCGAGGACACGCAGCAGCAGGCCUUCCCGGUCACGGAGGUGGAGUGUCAGGAGGAGGCGGGGCAGCUCACCCUCACGUUGCAGCAGCACACAGUAGCCACCGACUCAGAGGGUGACGGCGGCGUUCGAGAGCGUCUAUCAGAGCAGCAGUAUCAGCGUCUGGUGCAAUACGUGAAGCGAGCAGCCAACUAUUUUCCUGCCUCGGCUGCAUCCCCGCAGCUGCAACCUCAAGUGACGCUUGCAGAACGUCCCGCGUCCGUCACCAAGUCGUACCGCUACCUGGUCGACCCCACCUUCGCCAAGGUAUUUGUCAGCAAGUUCACCACGGUAAAGAAUAAAGCCUUGAGGAUCGGAUUCCACUGAUACGUUCACACAUGAUCAAGAUGUACAUUUGACCUUACUGUACAUAUUGAUACAUAUCUACAAAUAAUUUUGUACUCAUCCUUGUCUGCUGAUAAACUUUUUUCAAAGAGUUUAUAUUUUGUACCAGUAAAAAACUCAUCACAGCAGUUUUUAUGUAUAGCUUGUAAAGAAAAGUAAUUGGUAUAUAUAUAUAGCAACAGGAGUAUAUACUGUAUGUAUAUACAGUAGAUUAUACUGUAAUGUUGAAUGAAGCCAAACUCCAGCUGCCAACCAAAGUGAUGUAAUGAACAAGUUUCACGGUAACUUUGUGCCAAUCCUUCAUAUUGUUUUUGCCUUUUCUACACUUGCCUAACCUCUGGACUCUGUAAGGUUUCACUAACAUACCUUUAAAAUAACAUAUUUAAAGAAUAUUUUAAUUAAAAAUUGAGAACAUUAUUGAAGAUGUUCAGUCUUUUUGUCCAUUUUCUAUACUGCUUAUGCUCAUUAGGGUCAGGGGGUGAGUUGGAGCUUAUCCUUGCUGAGUUUGGGUGAGUGGCGGGGUACUGUACAGCUGAACUAGUCAACAGCCAAUCACCGGAAACACUCACAAUUUAGCCUAUUUCAGCACUUCAGUAAGAACACUACUGUACGUACGUGUGUGCUUUCUGGCAUUUUGAUAGAGUGCUUGUGUUUCUGCACCAAACCUACACUAGCUCAUGGUGACCCAGGCCAGCAUGAGAACUUGGUCAUGAACAGGUCAAAUGCAAAUAGGGUUGGAGAAUUUCAGAUCAAAUGAAAAUGUAUAAAUCCAUGCUAUGUUAGGGGACUUUAAUUAAAUUGAAUUUUUAGCAAUCUGUAAAUGUAUUUAUUUAUUUUCGAUUUUACCAAGCAGAACAUGGAUGUGUUAUUUCAGUCAAGUGUACACGUCAAACGGUGUUAAAAACAAAGAAACCUCUUUGUAACAUGUCUCUGCGUUCAACACUUCCUUUUGAGCAGUAGUCAGUUCA